UGUGACACGUGCUCGGUCAACCAUCAUGUUUGAAAGUACAGUAGUAGUAAAGAUGGCUGCGUCCAUGCCUGUUGUCAGUGUUAUGCUACCUAGACUUGUUCGUUCUUUGGGCUCUCGAGCUUUUCCUGGUUGCAGAUUUGAAGUACACAGUGGUUUGUGUUUAAGAGGUCAAGCAUUUCGCACGAUAUCACCACUGUAUGCUAAACUUCAACCAGCUUCAACCUUACCAACAUCUACACAAAAUCACUACUCUUUCCCUAAAGAUGUAUUACAAAGUGUUAAUAGUGAGAUAGAUGCCAAUUACAGUCGUCUAUUUGCAAUUAUACAAAUUUCUGGAAAGCAGUAUAAAGUGACAACAAAUGAUUUGAUUCAAACAUAUUCACAUAUUGACGCUGAUGUAGGCGAUAGGAUUAGACUUGAAAAGGUUCUAAUGGCAGGCGGGGAAAACUUCACAAUACUAGGAAAGCCAUUGAUUAGAUUAGAUGUUGUGAAAGUAGAGGCAACAGUUAUCGAAAAAACCAAAGGUCCAAAGAUUGUAAUAUUCAAGUUUAUCCGAAGGAAGAGGUUCAAGAAAUACAAAGAAAGAAAUGCAAAUCACACUGUCCUGAGAAUCAACAGUAUUGAGGUUGCACCAGUAUCUUAGUAACAUGUACUUAUUAAUCAGUUUAAUAAGUUUGUCAGAGUGGACACAUCCAUUAUUUUCAUGGGGUGUUUUGCAGAGAGGAAAAGCAGUCAUUUAUCCAGCAGACAUCUUGAAGUCUACAUAAAUCUUUUGUAAACAAAAACAAUGUAAACACUGGGCAUAUUUAUUUAAGUUUUUAUUGUACAAAAUGAAAUGAUGGCUGUUGGUUUUACAAUUGAGAUGAAGUAUGGUAAUUGCAAUUGGUUUAUAAGUGAAAAAACAUUCAGAAGACCAUGGGUAUGUUUUUCUUAUUUACAAAACUAUUCUGGGGAAAAUGAAUGGUUGUGAUCAUUGUAAUAAAUAAUCAGUUGGUAGAAGUCCCAUAGAUUGUGAAUAAAAAUGUAUCAUUAGUCAAA